AAAAUCGAGUAAAUACUCUUUGGUCGCGGUGAAAAACGGAUCGAACUUUUUGUAGGAUGUGUCUGCGCAAAAAGUUUAUCCGCGAAUAGUUUAUCUUUAAAAAACAGCAGUCAGAAAGCUGAAAAAACGCGCUAAAAAUCAAUUAAAAAAACCAAACCAGUGAAGCUAAAAAAAUAUAUUGCAAAUAUUCAAAAACCAAAUAAAAAAUAUUUUAAGUUCAGUUCGUGUGCUUGUGCCUGUGUGCGUCUUCGUUUUACCGUUACAAUUUACGAAAACCGAAAUAAAGUGUCAUUAGUGACAAAAUAAAUGCCAAUACUAAUAGUCAAACAAAGCAAAACCAAUUAUUGCUAAUUAUUAAAAAAAAAACAUAAAAAGUUUUUUCGCCUUUACUUUUUGUGACCGAGAAAAAGGUUAGAACACCAAAAGUAAUACAAAAGCCGUCGGCAUAAUUCACCUGGGAAUUUUCUUAUCAGCAAACAACGAUUAUGGCAAAGGAUCCUUCCACGACGCGGAUUCCCCGCCUGGAUGGCGUCUCCCGGCUUCCGAAACCGAGUAGUUUUGGCCUGGCCAGCAGCAGUUGCGGUAGCACCACCAGUAAAGCCACCACCAACAGCAUUAUAAACACCACCAAUACCACCACCACUACGCAGCACAUUCGACCACCGACGAGUGCUCCCAGGGCCACCCAGAUUUUUCGAACACCCAGUGUUCCUGCAAAGCCGCGUCCUACCAGCUCAUAUGCCCCAUCCUCAACCGCUCUAAGGGAUCUGGGCAGCAGUCUGAAAAAGAGCGCCAGCGGGGAACGGAUAAACAAUGCAGUCAGUCUGCUCAGCAAAAGGACCACCACCGUCCUGAAGAAGUACUUCAGUCCCAAGGCAUCCGUCACAUCCGAGAUGACGAGCUCACUGCCAGUAACUCCACUUCCCGUGGGCAAACGUGGAAUGAUGGCCAACGAUCAGUUGACCAGCAGUACUCCAAUGCCCCUCUUGAGGUCCGAGACCUUUGUCUGCGAGGAUGAAGAGCAAUCGGAUCGUGUGACUUUGGAAAGCACUCGGCUGUCCACUUUCGGACGAACAAUGGAUCUCGAUUCACCGAAUGACACCAAGGUACUGGUCAAAGGAUCACCCUCGACAGAUAGCACUCAGAUAAUGAGACCCACACAGAGCACACCGAAAACGAUCUUGAGAACUUUCUGCUCCAUGGAUACCACUCACGAGAUGACAGUCAGUACGAAAAAUAACGCAACACACACUGUAAACUCGUCGUUAAUAAUGGGUAGAACAAUGUCAGUUGUUCCGGCUAAGGAUAGUACCAGAACUAUAUCUGAAAACCAUAUUAAAGUAGGAGAUAUCACCAAAACUAUACAGGGAGUUGGUAAUAUCACCCAAACUUUAGAGGGAGUUGGAAAUAUCACCAAAACUUUAGAGGGAGCUGGAAAUCUCACUAGUUCGGUUGAUAAAGAAGUUAGUAUUAGUAAAACCUUCGAGAUAGCAGCGAAUUGCACUCAGACCUAUAAAAGAGGCGUAAAUCUCACCAAAACUAUAGACGAUAAAACCGGAGAUGUCUCUAGGAUAAUGGAAAAGGGAAGAAAUACCACAAAAAUCAUAGAGGGUGGACAAAAUGUAACGAAAACUAUGGAUGCUGGAUUUAAUCUUACGAAAUCUAUUGAUAGAGGAACUUUGGCUACUCGGGAAGCCUAUCUAAGCAAAUCCAUUAUCAACGAACCAGGUGACUAUACAAAGGUGAUCCACCAAGGAGCCAAUUUAACCCUGAGCAUGGAUCAGUUGCCCCUGCUGGAACAUAUAUCCAUGCCCUCCGGCUUGGAUGUACUGAGUUCCAGGGGUUCUAGUAAUGUCGGGAACAUGGACCAGGAAACGGACGACACGCUGGACGUGACGUUGGUCAGUUUGGCGCGGGAUAAGACCAACAUGAAGCUGCCAUUGAACUCCACGCUGAACAACGAAAGAUUGCUGGAUCUUAGUGGUCUCCAAUCGCCGAGGCACAUACAGCUUUUGAAUCUUACCCAGGAGCUGGAGAGAGGAACGCCCAGUAGGGGUCAUCUUCAGACCGGAAGGAGGUCCAUUCCCCAGCACUCGCUACUGUGCCUCUCCCCCCAGUCGGCCACCACCACGCCCCACGGGAUGCGGAUGAUGGGACAUGCCACCCCGCAGCCAGUUCAUCUACUAUCUCCUCUUUUAAAGCAGGCCCAGAGUGCUCUGGUUUUGCCCACUCGAACGCCGGAUGGCGACAUUACCAUGGAUGGCAACGGAGCUAUGGAUACCACCCUGACCUCCACUUCGGGUCGAGCAAGAACGCGCUAUAGCUUCGGCCUGGAUUUGCCGGAUACCACGCUGGACUGCUCCAUCGAACUGGUGGACAACUCCUUCUCCUCUUCCACCCAAUUGCAGCAGCUGCAGCAGCAGAUCCUGAAAAAACAGAGCUCUUUUGAUCUGGACGAGAGUCUGGGCAUACUGACACCCGAUCAGAUGAAGGACUUCCUGGACUCACCGCACAACAAUCUAAUGCACAACCUGGAGUUGAUUAGGAUGCAUCAUCCCAAUCUGAUGCAAUUGAGAAUGGAGCAGACACCAUCGCCGGAGGAACUGCCUCUGGAUCCCAUCGAAAUUAAAUCGGAGAUUGUGAAGCAGGUGGAGGCAUCGCAGGCAUCGAACCAGGUGAACACCUCGCAGCACUCGAAGCUGAGCAACAGUUUCAUUACCAGCGUGACCAGUGUGACUAGCUUGGAUACGGGGUACCAGGGCGAUGGUGAGAUGUCGCGACCCGCCUCCAGGGGCGCCUGUGAUCACUCGCCGAGCAAUGGACCCCACUUGGGCCGGGUGAGUCGGCAACCCAGCUUCCCGCCUCCGAAUCCGGCACCCCUGAGGCGUCAGGAUCCCAUGACAGACUCCGACUUCUUCACCGAAUCGGAUGCCGAUGAUGUCCUGCAUCGCGGCGAUCGGCGGGCCCAGGUGAUCGAUGGCCAGUUGUAUGGCCCUGAUAUGAUGCAGCCCAGCGCCUCGGUGCCCCAAAUGGAGGACUCCUGCAUGGAGUCGUCGGGCAUUUUCACGGACGUGGAAAACCGCUGCGACGAGGAGAUGAGGCAGCCGGAACUGGAGGUGGAUGUCGAUGUGGACAUGUCGCCGGAUGACUCCUCGCAGACCAUGCGAAAGGGUCAAGGUCAGCCCACCCCCACGCCCGCUCAGAGUCAGCAGCAGCAGAAUCAGCUGGCCCCCCAGCAGCGCCCCCCCAGCAGCUGUCUCUCUUCCUCCUCGGCCAACACGACGCUCUCGCUCUCGCUCUCCAACCGCACCUCCUACUGCAGCGUCGACGGCGGCAGCGCCCGAAGUUUCUGCGGCGACGAAGCUUUCGCGGCGGUACGAUCCACGGGUCUCUCAGUUCAGAAGAGCACCUCGCCGCGGCCGCACGCUUCGCUCUCGUCUCUCUGCACGGUGGAGAAUUUCCGCGGCUCCGUCUCCUCGAACUCUUCGAUCGCCUCUCCCAAGUCGUGUAAAUCCACAAGUCACAAAAUCUCCGGAGUUGGCAAAUCGCGCGUUUUGAAAUCGCCUAAAACACCGAAAUCCCCCAAAUCGCCGGUAAAUCGUAAGGCGCACACACCCAACAAAUGGGAUGCCGUGAUGAAUAAGAUCGCCAGCAAUAAGUCUCUGAUCAAGACAAACUAUAAUGAUGUAAAGUCGAAAGUGUCCAGCACAAGGAUCAUGACGCCGGCUUCCGGUUCGAGUCCUGUUUCCGGUUCCGUUUCGGGUUCGGGAUCCGUUUCCGUUUCAAGUCGGCGCGGCAGUCCAAGUGUGAGUAGUAGUGCUAGUGCUCGGCGUUCGCCCUCGGCCACGCCCAAAGUGCCGCCCAAAAUUCUGUUGGCCAAGCGAUCCAUGAGCAGUACCAGCAGCAGCAGCAGCUCCAAGGUCACUGCCACGCCCUCGCCGCCCCCACACGCGACCCCGCCAACACGGCAGCCACUGGAUAAAGGCUCAGUUGGCGCGGGGUCAGUGGGUGGUGGUGGUGGUGCUGGUGGUAUCCCCCAUCGUGCGGGCAAGGCGCCCAAGUCGCCCACCUCACCCACCACACCUACAUCACCGCCUGCCAAAAGACUACAAUCGACCCUCGUCAGUCGUGGUCGCUCGUACAGCAAGGACAGCCACAAGAGUUCGCACAGCGACUUGAGUUUGGUGUGCAAUGCCCCAUCUUCCCGGCCAUUGACCUCUGGGUCUGGGAACGGAUCUCCAAAGCUAUUGGCAAACACUCAACUGCGAGCUGCCAAAAAGCGUGAUGUGCGCAAUCUGAGCAUAUCGCCAACCGAUCUGGGUCCGCCACCAAAAACUCAGCAGACGACCAAGGGACAAUCAACGCGCAGCAAAUCAUCCGCCACUCCCACGCCCACAUCCAUACAUAAACGUUUAAAUGGCACUUUUGGCAGCCCGGCUGGAAUUACAACACCCCUCAAAGGAGUGGCCACAAAAUCAAAUAAGCAGCCACAAUCGUCGAAACUUAAAUCAACUGCGAUUACCAAAAGUUCCCCAAUUGUCGGCGUUUCCGAGGAAUCCCUGCGUUCUGGUGUGGAUCAAACCGAGCUCCAGGAGCUGAACAAUGGUCAAUCCUCGAGCGGAUGUCCAACUCCGCCGAUGGCGAGGGACUCGAAGCGAUCGUCCAUUGGGAAUGAGCUGCCCUGUGAGACGGAGGCCAAGUUGAAGAGGUGCGAGGACCAGAGCGGUAUUAUCCCCCAGCAGGAGUCACAGGCCUCCAAGGCAGCAUCCCCCCUUCCGCCAAUGAAACCACAGGAUUCGGAGGUCAAGGCAGUUUCGUUUACCACUGCAAAUGAGCCGAGCGCCUUGUCCUUGUCCAGCGAAGUGGGAACGUCGGUCAGCUCGAUGACGAUGAUGGCCACGCCCCGCGUUGAUAUAGUCGCCCAGUAUCCCGUCCUGAAACCCUUCGCGGAUAACGGAGUGCUGGACUGUGCCCGCUUGGCCAAGUUCCUCGAGGACACCCAGUUCGAGCGGCGAGAGGAGCACCGCCAGGUCAUGGGAUUCGCCGUCAUGGUGCAGUUCAUGUCCCAAGAGCUGGAUGCGUUUGCCUGCAAGGAGACCAAAGAGCAGUGUGCCCGGACCAAGGGAGCGCUGGAGGAGACGAUCCGGCUGCUGCAGCAGACGCAGAGGGAUUGCGAGCAGCUGCGCGAGGAUCUGCAUGCCAAGGAUGUGGAGUGGGCCGCCAGGGAGCAGGAAAGGGAUCAUCUGCAUCGCACUGAACUGAAGCAAGCUGAGGAGAAAGUACUGGAGGUGCAAAUGCUUGCCAAGCAAAGGUUCUGCGAUCUGGAAUCCCAACUGCGCGCCAAGGACGAGGAGAGCAAACAGGCCCAGCAGGCCUACCACAUGGAGGUCUCCCACAAACUCACCCUCAAGCAGGAGCACCUGACCACCGCCGAGCACAAGAUCCUGGAGCUGCAGACACGCCUGCAGAAGCUGGAGGCCCAGGAGCAAGAGAACCGCGAGAAGCUCAUUCGCAAGGAGAACAUCCAUGCCGCCCGCCUCUCGGAGGCUAACCAGCGGGAGCAGGAGCUCAGCGAUCGGGUGAGGAGCCUCACCAAGGAGCUGAACACCCUGAAGGCCAACAAGGAGCACAAUGAGCGGGAUUUGAGGGAUCGCCUGGCUCUUUCCCAGGACGAGAUCUCCGUGCUGCGUACAUCUUCGCAGCGCCGCAGUCCCUGCUCCAGUCUGCCAGAUCCCGCCUCAGCGGAACUCAGCCGGCUGACCAGCGAGGCCGACAGCCUGCGCUGCGUCCUGGAGCUAAAGCAGGCGGAGAUCUCCUCCCUCAGCAAGGCCAAGUCGGACCUCAUCCGCGAGAGCGAGGAGCGCCUGAAGCUGGGCAACCGGGUGGCCCUUCUAGAGGCCCAGAACGAGAUGCUGCGCACCGAAUUAGAGGCCAAGACCGAAAAGGAAAAGGACAUGCAGCAGAAGAUGGAAGAACUGCAGAAGGCCUACAAAUACGAGAGCAUCAAGCGCACGCGGCUCACCUUCGACAAGGAGGAGUUGCAGUACCACCUCAAGCAGCGAUCCGUGCAGCUCCAGGCGGCGGAGGCCAAGUUGAUGGAUCGCUCCACCAGCUCCCAUGAUAAUAGCCGCUGUAGUUUGGGUCGCAGUGGCCUGGACAUUGCGGUGACCACCUCCUCGCCCACAUCGCCGGUAAUGAAGGGCAUGAUCGAGCGCAAUGACUCGGUCAGUUGGACCCUGGAGAUCGAUGAUGAGUCCUCGUUCAAGGGCAAUACCUCGAAGAUAGUGCGAAGAGCUGGUUCCCUGAGAAGCAGCACCGAGCGGUGUCCCAUCCAGCGACGACAGACCUUGACGAGCAAUGGUCACUCCAAUGGUGUGGCCACAAACGGAGGCUCAUCCCCCGCUCAUCCCAAUCCCCUCAGCCAGAGCAUGUCGGCUACGGCGCUGCUAAGGAGCAGCAGCCACUCCGGGGAGACGGAGGGUCGUCCUCUGUCCCGCGCCCGUUCCCAUUCGGUAUGCAUCAAGGCCUCGGCCUCCAGCUCAGCGGUUUGCGAAUCCUCUGGCCAGAGACAGAGGCAGCAGGAUGAACUCCACCUGGCCGACUGGCAUGAUGAUACUCCCCUGUGCUCCAGCUCACCACAAGCGCCGGGAGCAGAGAUUCGUCCACGCAGCUCCACCAUGAAGUUAAUGUCCAGCGAGGCCAAGAAGUUCCAAGAGAUUCAGGAGUCGGCCGGCGAGGCCAUGGUUUCCGGGGCCAACUCCGAGGACGAGAGCUGCUCAGCCUCGUCGGAGGAUAUGAUGCGCAGCUCCUCCGCCUCGAGUACCGCUUCGGGCGGAUCCCUGUCCAAGCGGCCCAAGCAACCACCAUCCCGCAUGUCCAUCGAGGAGGCCCUGCCUUGCACACCCAUGGAGGUCAGCUGGUCGGAGGACGCCGCCGAUGCCAAUGGACUGGCAUGACAUGGUGCCUACGAGGAGCAGAUCGACCAGAUCGCCGAGGCGGCCGAAGAGGCUUACGAGAGCGAGGACAUUGAGGUGGAGGAUCAGGAGGACGAGCUGAUCGUGGGCGAGGAACAGCCGGAGCACAGCGACAGCGAUGAUAGCUUCUAAAGCGCUAGAAACCAAUUUGUGAAACAAAAUAAUAAGGGAUUAGGAAUCGGCACUUGCGACUGGUAGGAGCAGAUUGAAGUCAUAGUAGGAAGCAUAGCUUGUCGUUUUCACUUCUAUAGACCCCGUGCAGAAAUGAUGGAGAUACCCAAAAAUAUAUAAUGAUAAUUCGUACGUUCUUAACUGAAAAUGUUUGUGUAAAUAAUUGCAUUUAGCAGUAUGGUAGCUCAUAGAAGGCGCUCAUAAAAUAUAAUAAUAAUAAUAUGAUAAUCUAACAAUUAGUCGAGCACAGCAAGCGGAGCCGUCACAGUAACUUGGGGGAAUUGAAAUCGAUAAAGAAACGUAAAAAAGAAUUACAUUUUUUUAAAGGGCGCUGAAAAGGAGGAUCGAAGAUAUGCCACACACAAAGCUAAACCAAGUUUAGAGCGUAUAAAGCUACGUAUUUAAAAACAGUUUCAAACUAAAUGGAAAUCAGAAAACAGAAUACAGUAAUGGGUAGCAUUUAGAUGAAGCAGUAUGAAUAUUUGCAUAAAACUUAUUACUAUGCCACACUCUAUAAGUAUUUGUAUGAUUAGCGAUAUUGAUAUUGUAUUCUAACCGCAACUCGCAAUCGCUGAUAUCGUACAUGUUACUCGAUCCUCGAUCCCCAGAUAAUAACCUCCCUUGAGCUCAAAACAAACCACUCACUCGAUGUCCUUAAUUGAAAACUUAAUGCCCGCUAUUUGUGGUCCUGGGGGAGGUAUCCGUCCCCCCGCCACGUCUAUAUUAUAAUGUACCAAUUAGAUUGUCAGAGGUCUUCAGCUGUAUCGCCGACCUAGCUAAGCUUUAAUUUUGUGUUUUAUAUACAUGUAUUUAUUAUUUAGUCUUUAAUGCCUUAUAAAAGCGUUAAAUAAAAGCAAGAAAUUGAAACCAAUUAGUUCGUACUGAAUCAGUUAUAUAUUAGUUCUAGCCUAACUACAUUAGUUUACGUUACGUUUUUAUUUUGUUAUCAUUGGAAUGUGUCCGAAAUAUGCGAGUUUUAUAUGUAUAGGUUCAGGAUACGCUAACUUUGUAACACGCAGCAUUGUCAUUAACUUUUAA